AUGCUUGCUGGACCGCUGUCCGCUUGUACGCGGCCGACCUCACCGCUGGCAACAUUUUCUCUUUCACGAUGCUUCUCCACAACCUCACCCUCCCUCGACUGGCUGAGGCCAAAGUUCCAAGAAAAGUCCAAGUCCCCUAAGGGUCGUCCUCACGUUGCUACUGGCGGAUCCACACGAGGAACAACAGUCGUAUGGGGAGACUUCGGAUUGCGGAUGAAAGACCACGACCGCCGAAUGCCUGCGUCUGCAUUGAAAAUCGCUGAAGAUACCAUCAAGAGGCGGCUACGAGGAAUGAACUACAAGCUGUACAAGCGUGUCAGUGCGAACAUUGGUGUCUACACCAAGGGUAACGAGCAACGUAUGGGUAAGGGUAAGGGUAAGUUCGAUUACUGGACUGUCCGAUUGCCCGUGAGCCGAGUCGUCUUCGAAUUGAAGGGAGAUGUGCACGAGAAGAUCGCCCGUGAGGCUUUCCGAUUGGCGGGUCACAAAUUGCCAGGACUUUGGGAAUUCGUCAACAAGGACGACCCUCCUGUCGUUGGAAUUACAAAGCUUGGAAACGGUGUUACUCUCGACAGCCUCAAGCGUGCGCGCAGAAACCCACCCCUCGGUACCGACGACCUCGCUUCUCCCCCGAAGAGCGCCUCCUCCAGCUCCGACCCUACCCAAUAA